UCAAAAUGGCGGCAACGAUUUUCAUUCCAAGCGCGAAACGUUUUUAUUAAAUUCUCUUAAAGUAACGAAGCAAAAUGUUCGAGAAUAAGCUAGGGUGCUGUCCAAGGACUACAGUAUUCGUUCUUGACCGUAGUUCUCGUUUCUUAUCGCUGUCCAAGCAGCACAUUGACCUGGAUGGAACUGGGAAAAGCAAAGCACAAGCAAAAGGAUCCAAGUCUGCUCUUGGUCCUGUGUACAAGAACGCUUGGACGUGCUGUGUUGAAGCCACUAUUGAGUACUGUAGGAUUAUCUAUGACUUGUUUCCCAAUGAAUACAUGGCUCAGGUGAUAGUAUCAGAUGAAAAAGCCUACAAAGUCAAUGCCAAAUCUCCAGACCAACAGAAUGUACCACAUCUUCUUAGGACAUUUGCAAACCUUGGUCCUCCCAAACCAGAUAAUGAAGAAGAAUGUUCCAUGUUACAUGGUUUGACGAUGGCUGUACAGUGUGCUGGAGAAGCAGCUCCUAUGACCAAGUUUCAAACAGAAAGAUGUGCUGAUGAAGAUGGAAAAGUUAGAAUAAUCUGUCUGACAUCCUUGAAGAAUGAAGCUCAUGUCAACACUCUUGUAGCUUGUGUGAAUGAUGCACUACAACAUCAAACCGGCAGCGCUCCUGUUCAAAACCUGGAGCUGAUUUUAAUCCAUGUCAUCCAUGCUUCUGAUAGUAGCAAGUUCACUGAAAAGGUUCCCAAGGUGUCACCAAUGAUGUCAGUCAGCAUUCACUCAAUCAAAUCAUCUCAGCUGGUGUUGAAGUCCAGUCUAAUGGUGCAGAAGCACUUCAAUCUCAAGUCUACCACAGUAACAGGCAUUCCAAUGAAGGAGGAACAACAUUCUGGAAGCUCUGCAAACUAUGAUGUAGAAAUACUUCAUGCCGCUGAAGUGCAUCAUGAUCUUACAGUCUUUUCUCAGUUUUGUAGCAAUAACACUGUCAGCGCAGCCGUGGUAUCUUCUAAUGCCAGUUCUUCAAGCUCUACAAGUGGAAAGAAAGAUGCACCAGCAAAAGAAACAGUAAUUUUGAAGUGGUGUACUCCUAAAAACAGUACUACGAAUGAACUUUUCCCAUGUUUAGGAUCAUAUAGAAUAACACCAGUAGAAGUAAACAGUAGACCAGCCUCUUGCUUGAUAUCAUUCCUUCUGCAAGGUCACACUCGUCUUGAAAGAUGUACCCGCCAUUGGCCCAUAGUCAUUAGCGAUACUAUCAUUGGUAACAUGAUGCCGCAUCUUGAGCCACUGGUUUCUCUUAUUAUGAAAGAAACUCUCACAGAUAAAGAAGUGCUGGACUGUAAAAGUGUCAUUUAUCGUCUCCAAUCGAUGGAAAGUCGCAAUGAUGUUCUUCCCAUAACGAUAACAGGGGUGCGAGGUAAAGGCCCUAAGCGAGAGGAACAGUAUCGCCAACUGUGGGCAGAACUCGAAACUUUUCUGGAUGCUGCUUCCAAGACAUCUAAGAUGCAUGAAAAGAUUUAUGACUGUUUAAGAGUUCCCCAGAGCCCAGACCAUAGCAGUCACAGCAGCCCAAUGCGAACCACGCCCACAGACGAGAUAGAAGGAAUGAAUAUUGGCUCUGGGUUUUCGUCGAAUGAGUUGGCAUGGAGGGAAAUAGACAGGUACCAUGGUAUGUCAGAGCGCGAGAAAACCGACUUCAACCGGGGAGACGCUAACAACGAUCACUUUUCAAAACGACCAAGAAAUACACCAGACAUCGAACGUUCGCAAAAGAAAUUCAAACCGGACGAUAGACUAGAUAUACCACAAAAACCAGGGCUAACCUCUUCUGGUCCUUCGUUGUUGUCACUCUGGACGARCAGAAUGAACUCGAUAGCAGCCAAGAGACAUGAGGAGUUUGCUGGGCGCUUGCACACUGAUGGCAACCAGGCAGAACUGUAUCCGCAGUUAAAUAUGGAUGGAAACGGAAGUGGUCGUGGAACGCCCCCAGUAAAGGAAUAGUAGAUCUAUUCUUCUUUAUUUCAACUCUCAUCUCAUCCCGAACUUUCCUUCGUCUUUUCUUGGGGUACCUUAAUGAGCAUGGGCUCACACAUGCAUGCUUGGAAAGAACCUUGCAAAACAGCUAAUUAUCCAGGUAGAACAGGACCAAGAAAUAAUUGUACAGAUAGUCURCACUAGACCAUAGAAUAAUGAACCUUUAUCUACCAAUCACGUUCCAGAAAGCUUUUUUUUCCCUUGUCCAAUCAGAGAUGAGUAUCAAGGGGAGGGAGGAAAGUAGGGUUUGGAGGGAGAGGAGCUUGAAGAAGGGAACUGGGCCAAUCAAACACAAGGAAUUUUUUGUCCAACUAGAAACAACCAUCCUGCAUAAAGGUGGGGGGGGGGGGGGGAGACAUUCUUGGAAUCUCUCGUUUCCUAUUGGUUUCUAUCAAUAGAUGUCACUUGCAGUAAUAUCUGUGUUUUGACUGGUGGCGGGGGAGGGAGGAGGUCAACUUACAUUUGAAAGCUUGAAGGAUUUUGGAGGUUGUAUGUAUAUUUUGAUUUCUGGUUUCAGGCGGUAAAAAUUAUGAGUUAGAGUACUUUGAGGACUUAUUUUGACAUGUUUUGACUUUUUGCUAUGGGAUCAUUGGAACUACCACAGGGUGACCAUAACCAUUUUACACAAACGGUGACACAAGCACUAGGGUUACCGUGAAAGGUUAAGUGCACACACCUAAUGAUAUGUAUGUUUUAUGAAUAUCAAUGACUUUCUAGCCUGCGUCACAUCCGGAAUUUUCUUCAUAUUUACGAAGAAAAUUCCGGAUGUGACGCAGGCUAUGAUUUUCACGAAUCGCACGCAUCACUGACGAUCUGUAUCAGUAUUGGACAUGGCUGGAGGCAUGACUGGAGGCGAACAUGUGUUUUGUGUAAUAGUCAAAUAGACACACACACACAAAAAGCUUUUUGCGUUGCAUUUUUAACAUCGUUGCUAAAACAUUCAAAAUACAUUCCUUCCCCUCGCCCUCCCUGUUGACUGUUGACUCCAUAGUUUAUACUUUUUCAACAGCCAUACACACUAACUUGAACUCACUUUGUAAAUAUUUAUUCUGUAAAUUUUAUAAUUGUUAAACUCUAUAUGAAUAUUCCUAUUUUCUCUUUACUGUAAUUUUUGUGUGUGAAAUAAACUUGACUUGACUUGA